AUGGCUCUAAAAGGACAAGAAGAUUAUAUUUACCUUUUCAAGGAUACAGCGCAUCCAGUGGAUUUUCUAGAUGCAUUCAGAACAUUUUAUUUGGAUGGAUUAUUUACUGAUAUUACCCUUCAGUGUCCUUCAGGCAUAAUUUUCCAUUGUCACCGAGCUGUUUUAGCUGCUUGCAGCAAUUAUUUUAAGGCAAUGUUCACAGCUGAUAUGAAAGAAAAAUUUAAAAAUAAAAUAAAAAUCUCUGGCAUCCACCAUGAUAUUUUGGAAGGCCUUGUGAAUUAUGCAUACACUUCCCAGAUUGAAAUAACUAAAAGAAAUGUUCAAAGCCUGCUUGAAGCAGCAGAUCUGCUACAGUUCCUUUCAGUAAAGAAAGCUUGUGAGCAGUUUUUGGUAAGGCACUUGGAUAUUGAUAAUUGUAUUGGAAUGCACUCCUUUGCAGAAUUUCACAUGUGUCCAGAACUAGAGAAGGAAUCUCGAAGAAUUCUAUGUUCAAGGUUUAAGGAAGUGUGGCAACAAGAAGAAUUUCUGGAAAUCAGCCUUGAAAAGUUUCUCUUUAUAUUGUCCAGAAAGAAUCUCAGUGUUUGGAAAGAAGAAGCUAUCAUAGAGCCUGUUAUUAAGUGGACUGCUCAUGAUGUGGAAAAUCGAAUUGAAUGUCUCUAUAACCUACUAAGCUAUGUAAACAUAGAUAUAGAUCCAGUGUAUUUAAAAACAGCUUUAGGUCUUCAAAGAAGCUGCCUACUAACUGAAAAUAAGAUACGAUCUCUAAUAUACAAUGCUCUGAAUCCCCUGCAUAAAGAGAUUUCCCAGAGGUCCACAGCCACAAUGUACAUCAUUGGAGGCUAUUACUGGCAUCCUUUAUCAGAUGUUCACAUAUGGGAUCCUCUGACAAAUGUUUGGAUUCAGGGAGCAGAAAUACCAGACUAUACUAGGGAGAGCUAUGGUGUUACAUGUUUGGGACCCAACAUUUAUGUAACUGGGGGUUAUAGGACGGAUAACAUAGAAGCUCUUGACACAGUGUGGAUCUAUAACAGUGAAAGUGAUGAAUGGACAGAAGGUUUGCCGAUGCUCAAUGCCAGGUACUACCACUGUGCAGUCACCUUGGGGGGCUGCGUCUACGCUUUAGGCGGUUACAGAAAAGGGGCUCCUGCAGAAGAGGCCGAGUUCUAUGAUCCAUUAAAAGAGAAAUGGAUUCCUAUUGCGAACAUGAUUAAAGGCGUGGGAAACGCAACUGCCUGCGUCUUACACGAAGUUAUCUAUGUCAUCGGCGGCCACUGCGGUUACAGAGGGAGCUGUACCUACGACAAGGUCCAGAGCUACAACUCAGAUAUCAAUGAGUGGAGCCUCAUCACCUCCAGUCCACAUCCAGAAUAUGGAUUGUGUUCAGUCCCAUUUGAAAAUAAGCUCUAUCUAGUUGGUGGACAAACUACAAUCACGGAAUGCUAUGACCCUGAACAAAAUGAAUGGAGAGAAAUAGCUCCUAUGAUGGAAAGGAGGAUGGAGUGUGGUGCUGUCAUCAUGAAUGGAUGUAUUUAUGUCACUGGAGGAUACUCCUACUCGAAGGGAACAUAUCUUCAGAGCAUUGAGAAAUAUGAUCCAGAUCUUAAUAAGUGGGAAAUAGUGGGCAAUCUUCCAAGCGCCAUGCGGUCCCAUGGGUGUGUUUGUGUGUAUAAUAUCUGACUGAAUCCAUAGAAAUGACCCAGUAAUCACUGUUGCGGGGUGUAGUAAAAGAAAAGAGAGAGAGAAUUCGGGAUUUGGAGUCCCUCACUUAUCGUUGCAGACUGGCACAUAAUGGGUGAAUUCCCAGGCCUA